UCUUAACACAUCUUCUCCCUCCCUUACGAUAUUGACGUGACACUGAGGUGUCUGGAAGAAACAUAUUUCACAUCAACUUUGCUGGAGGAUCUUGUUCGGAAUCAUGUCUUACUCCAGCAGCCUCCAGACCAAACAAACCAUCCAGACGCGUCAGAGCAGUGGCCGUAACAGCACCUACGGAGGUUUCAGCAGUGGCUCCCUGUCCAGCUCUGGUUUGGGUGGAGGUUUCUCAACCCAAAUUGCCAACUUCAACUAUGGAAGCUCUGGCUUUGGUGGGAGUGAUGGCCUUCUCGCUGGAGGGGAGAAGCACACCAUGCAGAACCUGAACGACCGUCUGGCCAGCUAUCUUGAAAAGGUUCGGGCAUUGGAACUGGCCAACAGCGAUCUGGAGAAGAAAAUAAGGGAAUGGUAUGAAAGUCAAAGUGCGCUCAACAAUAGUCAAAGCCGGGAUUACACCAAGUACUACCAGAUUAUUGAAGAUCUAAAGAACAAGAUCAUUGUUAGCUCCACUGACAACGCACGGGUGGUCUUGCAGAUUGACAAUGCCAGGUUGGCAGCUGAUGACUUCAGGAUGAAGUAUGAGAACGAGCUUGCCAUGCGUCAGAACGUUGAGGCCGACAUCAACGGCCUCCGCCGUGUCCUGGAUGAACUGACCCUCGCUAGAUCAGACCUGGAGCUGCAAGUGGAAUCUCUUAGCGAAGAGCUGGCCUUCCUUAAGAAGAACCAUCUGGAGGAGAUGAAUUCCUUUAAAGGCAGCACUGGCCAAGUCAGUGUUGAGAUGGAUGCAGCUCCAGCAGUUGAUCUCACCGUGCUUCUAAACAACAUGAGAGCAGAGUAUGAGGGCCUGGCCGAGAAGAACCGCAAAGAAGCUGAAGAAUGGUUCCUGAAGAAGAGCAGUGAGCUGAAAAAGGAGAUUUCUGUAGGUGUUCAAGAAGUUCAGUCUAGCCGUUCAGAGAUCUCCGAUCUCAAACGCACCCUGCAGAGCCUAGAGAUUGAGUUGCAGGCUCAGAUUUCCAUGAAAAACUCCCUUGAAGGAACCUUGGCAGAGACAGAAGGCCGUUAUUGUGUACAGCUAAGCCAUAUCCAGACACAGAUCUCCAGCAUUGAAGAACAGCUACAACAGGUCAGAAUAGACAUGGAAAGACAGAGCUCAGAGUAUAAGAGGCUGCUGGACAUCAAGACCAGGCUGGAGAUGGAAAUCGAGACUUACAGACGUCUGCUGGAAGGAGAGCUUGGACAAAUCCAGCAAAUAAAGUCACAGGCAUCAUCAGUAGAUUCCAAGAAAGAUCCAACAAAAACGAGAAAAGUCAAGACAAUUGUCGAAGAGGUGGUCGACGGGAAAGUCGUCUCUUCCAGCGUCCAGGAAAUUGAAGAGAAGAUGAAUUAAAAAAAAAUAUUUGAGAAUGUAAUACGCUGAAAAUCUUGGCUCGACUUAAAACCACAAUAAAUGUAUUUGGAGGAAACAGAAGUUAGCUCUCGGAUAUGUAUUUUUUAUGUUGCAUAGGAAAAGGGUAAACAAUUGUAAUGGAAAAAUCAGAAUUUACUUUAAAUAUGUAAAGCCGAAGAAUACCAACUAAAA